AUGACCACGGGGUCGCUAUCGGCAGCUGCGGAAGGCCCGAGCAGGGAAGCUGCGAUUGCCGGCAUGACAGUCCUCCGGGUCCUUAAUGUGACACGCCAGUGGGACUUUGAGGAUGACCACGAACUUAAGUCCAAUAUGCAACUUCUGCUGGGCGAACUGUUGCGAAAUCCACGUCUGGCUCCCAAUAACCAGAAGGUGGCUCUUCAACUCUCACACGAAGUGUUGAAUGACCAGCUGGUGGAGUCGAAAGUUGACUUGUCCAAAUUGAUAACUCCCACCCAGGUGAGACUUUUAAUCACACUUUGUAUGUAUACUUUCUGUUUUGGUAAAGAUGCAGUAUGCGAGCCCACUCAGGGUCGUUCGGCCUUGGGUUGGGAAUGGGUAUGGCUGCAUAUGUGA